AUGACUAGUAAUAUUAGUACAGGUGUAUCACCAAGAUCAAUCAAACAACGUAGAGAUAUAAUACUUGUAGUACACUAUAAUACGACAGUAACAGAGAUUACAUUCACCAAUGUAGCUACAUACGAUCAUCUAAGAUACCAUAUCAUAUCAAAUCCCGUACUGGCCAGAGUCAUGCCUCAAAGAGGUGAUAUCAUUCUCUUUGAUAAACCAUUAACUAAAAUAGUAUCUUAUUAUGAUACCGCUCGAUAUCCUUUACAAAUGUUAUCUCUUGUCACUCUUCAUGAUGGUGAUCAUAUUUAUGUUGAAGUUUCAGAUCCACCACAACCAGUAAUUGGUAAAGUUAGAAUAUUUUGGAAUGAUGAAGAUAAUGAUGGUAAAAGUUCAAGAGUGGCCGCAGUGUUUGAAGAAAAUGUAACCGAUCAAAAGAUCAAAGAAGUACUUAAAUUGACACGACUGGCAAUUAAAUGUAGAAAUGACCAAAAUAAUGUAUAUAUGAUAUCACCUUAUCGUGCUGGUGAUUAUACUAUUAUGAUGCAUGAAAAAGAGAAAUAG